AUGUCUUGGUUCUUUGUAAACAUCAGUAACAUCACUUUGGAGGACGCACUCUCUGACGAUGAUCCGCGGGAUGAGCGCUUGGCUCGGGUGGAAAUAGCUCUCCUGUCCAUCAUCUUCAUCACCGCGGGGAUCCUAAACUUCGGGCUGCUGCUGGUGCUGUGGAAGCGGAGGAAGCAGCUCUCCAGGAUGCGCGUCUUCGUCCUCCACCUGUGCGUCGCCGACCUUGUGGUUACAUUUUUCCAAGUUUGCCCGCAACUCAUGUGGGACAUCACUGACCGAUUCGUGGGACCGGACGUAUUGUGUCGCGCUGUGAAGUACCUGCAGGUGGUCGGGAUGUUUGCAUCUUCUUAUAUGAUUGUAGUGAUGACGAUAGACAGAUAUCAAGCCAUCUGCAAACCCAUGGUGACUUUCCAGAGGCACAGGGCACGCUGGAACGGUCCAGUUUGCGCCGCCUGGUGCGCCUCUCUCAUCGGUAGCCUCCCGCAGAUCUUCAUCUUCUCCCGGGUGGAGGUGGCCCCCGGUGUGUACGAUUGCUGGGCUCAGUUCAUUAAACCGUGGGGUCCCAGAGCCUACGUGACGUGGACCACUCUGGUGAUAUUCGUGCUGCCCAUUCUCAUGGUGAUCGUGUGUCAGGUCCGCAUCUGCCGCACUGUGUACAUUAACUUCCACAUGAAGACGCAGCAGGGCGCAGGGAAGGUCAGGAAGCCGCUGUCCUCGCGGGCCAGCAGCGUGGCGGGGGUGUCUAAAGCGAGGGUCAAGACGGUGAAGAUGACCGUGGUGAUCGUGUUCGCUUACAUCCUCUGCUGGGGGCCUUUCUUCACCGUGCAGCUUUGGUCCGUGUGGGACGUGGAGGCGCCCACUCAGACUGCUACCUUCACCAUCCUGAUGCUGCUGGCCAGUCUGAACAGCUGUGCGAACCCCGUCAUCUACCUGCUAUUCAGCGGGAAGCUGCCAAAGACCCUGGUGGCCCUGAUGUGUGCGGGUCAGCCCGACCUGAAGGAGUCCAUCCAGGAGGAGGCCACCAUGGUCAGCUCCCUGUACAUGAGCCUCAAGAGUCUGUCAGAGAGCAGACGUCCGGACUCUUAAACUCACCUCAGGACAGCAUGGUUUUCGCACAAGAAAGACUUACGGUAUUGUCAUUGUCUAAUAAGUGUGAAGAAGACGUCAGUGUAGUUACAGUAUAUUAUAGUGAGACAAUAUUUUUGAAGUAAAACGCACACAAUCAUUCUUUACAGGGAUAUUACAAUGGAACACUUGCUAUCAAGUCGGUAUUACUUUACACAUUCUUUAAAAACAUUGAACGUUUUACUUUUUUUUGCUAGUGUUGUGGUUCUAGAGAUGGUGGUUUAUCCAUUGGUUGUUCCACCACUUUGGUCCAGACUGACACUACUGGAUGG